AUGUCAAGGAGGAAGGUUAGGGAACCAAAGGAAGAAAACGUUACUCUUGGUCCUACCCUCAAGGAUGGAGAAUAUGCCUUUGGUGUGGCACACAUUUUUGCGUCAUUUAAUGAUACAUUCAUUCAUGUGACAGAUCUGUCAGGAAGAGAAACCUUGGUGCGCAUCACUGGUGGUAUGAAGGUGAAAGCUGACAGAGAUGAGUCUUCACCAUAUGCAGCUAUGCUUGCAGCACAGGAUGUUGCACAGAGAUGCAAGGAAUUAGGUAUUACCGCUCUUCAUAUCAAGCUCCGUGCUACUGGUGGUAACAAAACCAAAACACCUGGUCCAGGUGCCCAGUCUGCCCUCCGUGCCCUUGCUCGUUCUGGAAUGAGAAUUGGUCGUAUAGAGGAUGUGACUCCAAUUCCUACUGAUAGCACCCGUAGAAAGGGUGGCCGAAGAGGAAGGAGGCUGUAA